CGAUGCCCCCUCGCCUGCCAUCCCUCCUGCGCCGGUCCCACCAGCUCUAUCUCCUUGGUCGCCGCCUUGCCGUCCACCCGUUCUCCCCGAUGUCGACCGUCUCCUCGGACCGGCCCAUAACUCCGGCCACCACUCGGGUCGGCUGGAUCGGGACCGGCGUCAUGGGCCAGUCCAUGGCUGCCCACCUACUCUCGGCCGGCUACUCCCUCAACGUCUUCAACCGGACUGCCUCCAAGGCCCAGCCCCUCGUCGAUCGUGGCGCCCGCCUCGCCGACUCCCCCCUCGCGGUCGCCCGCGCCAGCGACGUCGUCUUUUUCAUCGUCGGCUACCCCGCCGAUGUCCGCCGCGUCGCCCUCGACCCCGCCACCGGCGUCCUUCCGGGCCUCUCUCCGGGCUCCGUCCUUGUCGACAUGACCACUAGCGACCCCGCCCUCGCCGCUGAGAUCGCCUCCGCGGCCGCCUCCGCCGGCUGCGCCGCCGUCGACGCCCCUGUCUCGGGCGGCGACCGUGGGGCCCGGGCGGGCACGCUUUCGAUCUUUGCCGGCGGGGAGGAGGCGGUCGUCCGGCGGCUGGAGCCGCUGUUCCGGUGUAUGGGGACGGUGAGGUACAUGGGAGGGCCGGGAGCGGGGCAGCGGGCGAAGCUGGGGAACCAGAUAGCGAUCGCGUCGACGAUGGUGGGAUUAGUGGAGGGGAUGGUUUUCGCCCACAAGGCUGGGCUCGACGUGAGCAAAUGGCUGGAGGCGAUAUCAACGGGGGCAGCGGGGUCGAAAUCGCUGGAGUUCUAUGGGAAGAGGAUUUUGGAGAGAGACAUGGAGGCGGGGUUCUACGUGCACCACUUCGUCAAAGACCUCGGCAUCUGUUUGAUGGAAUGCCAGAGCAUGGGCCUGGCGCUGCCGGGAUUGGCACUGGCGCAGCAGCUCUACGUAUCGCUGAUGGCCCAUGGAGAGGGGGGUUUGGGGGCACAGGCGUUGAUUCUGUCCAUCGAGAGGCUCAACGAUACUUGCCUCAAGGGAGGGUCGGCGUCUGGUUGAGCUCUGGAGCCUGAUAUAUCAAGUCAUGCCAAUUUCAGUUUGUGAUAGAUUAGCUCUAUCAUAGAGAUUAUCAUCCAUCAUCUUUUUCCUUGCUCUGGAGAGAUUCCUAUGGCCAUCGCAGUAAUUUCAGCAUAUAGGCUUGUUCUUUGAACAAAUUUCAAUGAAUUGCAAUGGAUACACCAUAUUUCUUUUUUAAUAUCUUCCAAGCAACUAGAUUUAGUCCCUUGUCAUAAAUGUUCAAGUGAAUCACACGGGAAUUUCGAUAGCUAGAAUAGAUUCCUCAAGUGUUAUAUCAGAAGAAUAUCAUGGAACUAUAAUCGUGGUGCAUGGGCAUUGAUAUUGUAUCCAACUUCAUUUCUUUCAUGACUGCCUCCCAUUAUUCGUGUGCUAUAUAGUUUUGUGUAUUGUUUCAGCAUGGUUUCUAUCACUUGCGUUUAUCUGAAAUGAAACCCUUCAUCUCUAUAUGCUUUUACCGUAUGUUUGGGUGAAUGUUUCCAUAAAGUCAUCCAAGAAUACUCACCAAAUUGUACAGUAUUUUUUAAGGAGAAAAGAGGAGAGUAUGGGAGGAAAAUUAUGUAUAGUGGCAGUUAAGAGUUUCAUAU